AUGCCAGGUCAAAUUAUCAGCGUUCCAUUUGUGUCCCAGAUUGAGGAUAUGGACAAAUAUUUGACGGAAUAUCGGUCCUUGAAGUUGAUGCCGCAGAAUGCAGCAGGUCCUUUGCAGCACGGUCAUGGGCACGUGCAAGGACAGCAGCAACAUCAAUAUCGGCACCAAGGUCGUAGCUCAAGUCAAGGUGUUGCUGGGCAGCAGCGUAAGCGGAUGGGUCAUAAUGAGACUAAUGGUAUGAACCAAUAUAACGGCGGCGGAGAGGCGGCCAAUAUUGGAACUGCGGGGAAAAGAUUCCAAAUGAACAAUUCUGCCCACGUUAAGUAUGGUAGUGGACAGCAUUUUGGAACUAUUGGGGGCGCGGCGUCGUUCCAGGGUUAUCAGAAGGGUUAUCCACAAAUGUUUUACCAUGGAGUUGGGAAAUUAGGGUGUAACGACAGCGCUAUUGGGUUGUCGAUGCUUUCUGCAGCACAGCAACCUGUGCAGCAACAGGGUUUUAUGGCUUCGAGUUCAUCUUCAGGGUCAGCUUCUCCUUCUAGAUUGCAAACUUCUAUGAGCGGUACUUCAACCGUGAACUCGAUGGGCAGUGAAUUUGGUGACAAUAUGAUGACAGGGGACCUUCAUAGUCACUAUGAUUCUCUUGGGUUUUCUCAGGUAUCUGCUGCUAGUCCUGCAGUGAACGAUUUUAACCUUGAAUCAACAUUUGUUAAGUCGAGCAGUUCGUCUACAUCUAGUGCGUCUACGUCUAACGAUUUUAUGCAAGUGUUGCCUUCGUCGUUGUUAGGAGAUGCCGGUGUCAAUAACAACGUUUUAGCUGGGAAGAGGUCAAUGGCCGCCUCUAUGUUUUCUCCAGCCCAGUUUGCUUCUUCGUCGAAUCAGUCUUCAUUUACGAUGAUGCACACAACUGCGUCUACUUGGGCAAGUCCAUCAAGUGUUUCGGCUAGUGGCUCUGCUACAGUCAACCAGCCAAACACAUCUUCAGCCAGUUCUGGUUCAUUCGGUAUUUGGAAUAAUGAUAUGAGUGUCUGGGGUUGA